AUGCGCUGCCUGGCUCUGCUCGCAACCCUCAGCUUCCUCACAGCCGUGCUGUGCCGGAACCAGGAAGAGAAACUGCUCAAUGACCUGAUGACCAACUACAACCGCAAUCUGCGCCCGGCCCAGGGGGAGGGCGACAUCAUUAACGUCACGCUGAAGCUGACCCUCACCAACCUCAUCUCCCUGAACGAGCGGGAAGAGACCCUCACCACCAACAUCUGGAUUGAGAUGAAAUGGUGUGAUUAUCGGCUGCAGUGGGAUCCUGACAAAUACGACAACAUCCAGAUACUGAGGGUGCCCUCCACCGAGGUGUGGCUGCCGGACAUUGUCCUGGAGAACAACAUCGACGGGGUGUUUGAGAUCACCCUGUACUGCAACACGCUCCUGGACUCCAAUGGCUGCCUCCUGUGGAUGCCGCCCGCCAUCUACCGCACCUCCUGCGCCAUCUUCGUCACCUACUUCCCCUUCGACUGGCAGAACUGCUCCAUGGUGUUCCAGUCCCAGACCUACAGCGCCAAUGAAAUUAACCUGCUGCUGACGGAGGAAGAUGGGCAGACCAUUGAGUGGAUCGUCAUCGACCCCGAAGCUUUCACAGAGAACGGGGAGUGGGCGAUCAAGCACCGGCCGGCCAAGAAGAUCGUGAACGCCGAGCGCUUCACCCCGGACGACUUGGGUUACCAGCAGGUCGUCUUCUACCUGAUCAUCCAGAGGAAACCACUCUUCUACGUCAUCAACAUCAUAGUGCCCUGCGUGCUCAUCUCCUCUGUAGCCGUGCUGGUGUAUUUCCUGCCUGCCAAAGCGGGCGGCCAGAAGUGCACAGUCUCCAUAAACGUCCUCCUGGCCCAGACAGUCUUCCUCUUCCUGAUUGCACAGAAGGUGCCAGAGACCUCCGAUGCCAUGCCACUCAUUGGCAAGUACCUGACCUUUCUCCUGGUGGUGACGGUGGUGAUCGUGGCGAAUGCCGUCAUCGUGCUGAACGUCUCACUGAGGACACCCAACACGCACGCCAUGUCGCAGAAAGUGCGGCAGAUCUGCCUGCGGCGGCUGCCCCACUUCCUGGGGAUGCACAUGCGCCGCAGCGACAUGGCCCCCCGCCUGUUGCUGGCGAGGCGCCGCAGCUCCCUGGGGCUGAUGGUGAAGGCUGACGAGUACAUGCUGUGGAAGGCCCGGACUGAGCUGGUCUUUGAGAAGCAAAAGGAGAGGGCUGGGCUGAUGAAGGCUGUCCUGGAAAAGAUCGGGAAAGGCCUGGAAAACGGGUGCACCCAGCAUCUCUGUCACAGCUUGGUGCAGGCUGGUCCUGAGAUCCGGGCCUGCGUGGACGCCUGCAACCACAUUGCCAAGACGCUGCGGGAGCAGAACGACUUCGACAACGAGAACGAGGAGUGGAUCCUGGUGGGGAGAGUCAUCGACCGCGUCUGCUUCUUGGUCAUGGCCUCGCUCUUCGUCCUCGGGACGGUCAGCAUCUUCCUGAUGGCCCAUUUCAACCAGGCGCCAGCAGCGCCCUUUCCCGGGGACCCCAAGUGCUACCUGCCGUAGCACCCCACUUGGGGUGGGCGAGCCCAGGAUGUCUGCACAAGAGCCUCUCCCCACAGCUCUGCCAAGGGAGGCUGAGCCUUCCCUGCAUGGCGGCGGGGGGCCCCUGGGCUCCAUGCACGA